CAUAGCUUACAGUUUAUGGGGUUAAGGUUUCCCAGUUUAACUUCAACCAUCGAGGGAGGGUGGAGCGGGACUCUGCAAACGACGAGGGGUUACGCCUUGCUGCCCCGUCCGGCGGCUCUGACCACCGCUGCAACAUGCAAUCAGGCAUCUCAGCUUCUCAGGGACCUGCUCACGUGCAAGGCGGCAACUUACGCAAAUGGAAGUGGUGUAAACUAUAAAGUGGUUUUUCAAGUUAGCUCUUGCAGAAAUUUUUCUCUGUUUUACUGCGCUCGCACUGUCUCAUCUGAAACAGAAACAGGGGUUUUGGAUUCUGCACUUUGGAGAUCGUAGUUGUAUAAGGUGUAGUAAUCAGUCUGUCUUGGCUGCCCCAAACCCAAAUCAAUCAGAACGCUUUCUGAUUCAGCGAGAAUGAACAAAGGAGGGGGAGUGGGGGGUGGAGUUGGUCUUGGAGGUGGUGGUGGUGGUGGCAGUGGGCCAACAGCAGCAGCAGCAGCAGCUGCAGCUCAGAAGCAGAAGACUCUGUUACAGAGAGUUGACAAUGACAUAACGAACAUGGUUGACAAUUUCAGUCAUUUGAUUAGUGCUGCUAGGGUAAAUGAUCCACCAGUCAGGAAUUCACAAGAAGCAUUCAUGAUGGAGAUGCGUGCAGCCAGAAUGGUUCAGGCAGCAGACUCACUCCUAAAAUUGGUCUCAGAGCUGAAGCAAACAGCCAUCUUUUCAGGUUUUGCAUCCCUAAAUGAGCAUGUUGAGCAACGGACUAUUGAGUUUAACCAACAGGCAGAGAAAACGGACUGUAUGCUGGCUAGAAUUGGAGAGGAAGCAGCUGCUAGCCUAAAAGAGCUCGAAGCCCAUUAUUAUUCAUCCAUUCAGAGAAGAGAUCAACCUGAACUAUGAGGUUUAUAAAGACACCACCAAUUCCUCAUGUUCUUUCCCCUAGGGCUGGAGACAUGCUGUAGUGUUUGAUAGAUCCAAACUGAUCCAUUGACAAGUUGACUUCCUUGAGCUACAAUCCUUUUCAACCAUAUGAUUCAGUGUGAUCAUGUCAUUUUGCAGGUAAGGGAAGGAGGUGUUGUAUUUGUAAAUUUAGUUGUCUUUUGAGGUCAAAACCUAAUAAUGAAACCUAUUUUCCAAUCUCUUAGGAGUGUUUCCUCCAGGACACACUGGAACAUCCAUUUCAAUAGUGAAGUCUGGAUGAUAAGUUUCCA